GCACCUGCGCGAGUUGGGAGGCGGAGGAGGGGCGAGAUGACGCAGGCGUAAUAAUAGAGAAGGUGCCAGAAAGAUCCAAAACAAGUGGCUGCGGCCGUCGCCCGGGAGUCCUCGGACGCCGGAAUCCGGCCCUGGUUCUGAGCUUGUCCUGCACCCCUCCCCCGGUAAUGGCGCUGUCCGGGCCGACCCCGGCCCCGAGCUGGGAGGAGGAUGAGUGCUUAGACUACUACGGCAUGCUGUCGCUUCACCGUAUGUUCGAGGUGGUGGGCGGGCAACUGACCGAGUGCGAGCUGGAGCUCCUGGCCUUCCUGCUGGACGAGGCCCCCGGGGCGGCCGGCGGCCUGGCCCGCGCCCGCAGCGGUCUGGAGCUGCUGUUGGAGCUGGAGCGUCGUGGGCAGUGCGACGAGAGCAACCUGCGCCUGCUGGGGCAACUCCUGCGCGUGCUGGCCCGCCAUGACCUGCUGCCGCACCUGGCGCGCAAGCGGCGCCGACCAGUGUCUCCGGAGCGCUACAGCUACGGCACAUGCGGCUCCUCUUCGAAGAGGACGGAGGGCAGCUGUGGUCGCCGCCGGCAGUCGAGCAGCUCUUCAGAGUCUCAGCAGGGGCAGUGGGAGACAGGCUCACCCCCGACCAAGCGGCAGCGACGGAGUAGGGGCCGGCCCAGUGGUGGUGCCCGGCGGCGGCGGCGAGGGGGCCCUGCUGCUCCCCAGCAGCAGCAGCAGCAGCAGCAGCAGCAGCAGGAGCCUUCCAGACCCAGCUCGGAAGGCAAAGUGACCUGUGACAUCCGACUCCGGGUUCGAGCAGAGUACUGCGAGCACGGGCCUGCCUUAGAGCAGGGCGUGGCGUCCCGGCGGCCCCAGGCGCUUGCGCGGCAGCUGGAUGUGUUCGGGCAGGCCACCGCGGUGCUGCGCUCCAGGGACCUGGGCUCCGUGGUGUGUGACAUCAAGUUCUCGGAGCUCUCGUAUCUGGACGCCUUCUGGGGCGACUACCUGAGCGGUGCCCUGCUGCAGGCCCUGCGGGGCGUGUUCCUGACUGAGGCCCUGCGCGAGGCCGUGGGCCGGGAGGCUGUCCGCCUGCUGGUCAGUGUGGACGAGGCCGACUACGAGGCUGGUCGGCGCCGCCUGCUGCUGAUGGAGGAGGAAGGGGGUCGGCGCCAGUCAGAGGCCUCCUGAGCCCGGAUCUGGCGAGACUGACCCCACCUCCGAGUCUCCAGGCCACCUUCUCCCCCUGGAGGCUGGCCGUCUGCCCGUAGAGGACUGUAACCCUAGCAGCUCUGAGGACUGCAACUGGACGGCAGCCCCUUGACAGCUCCUCCUGCAGGAUGUGGGCUCUGAGGCCUAAACCACUUCCAGCUGAGUUUCCUUCUCACGCCCCUACCCACCCCAACCCCCAGGUGUGUUCCAUCAGCUUCCGGAGAGCAGGGCUCAGGUCCGCAGAUCUCGGAGGGAGGCGUAGCUGCACCGUCACUGAAGUCUGCACACGUGUGUCUGACCCCCGGGCUGUCUGCUGUGUAUGCCUGUGUACACACACACACCUCACUGAAGUCUGCACACGUGUCUGACCCCUGGGCUGUCUGCUGUGUGUGCCUGUGUACACACACUCCUCACUGAAGUCUGCACACAUGUGUCUGACCCCGGGCUGUCUGCUGUGUGUGCCUGUGUACACACACACACCUCACUGAAGUCUGCACACGUGUCUGACCCCCGGGCUGUCUGCUGUGUGUGCCUGUGUACACACACUCCUCACUGAAGUCUGCACACGUGUGUCUGACCCCGGGCUGUCUGCUGUGUGUGUCUGUGCACACACACUCCUUAUUGAAGUCUGCACACAUGUGUCUGACCCCUGGGCUGUCUGCUGUGUGUGUCUCUGUACACACACACCUCACUGAAGUCUGCACACAUGUGUCUGACCCCUGGGCUGUCUGCUGUGUGUGCCUGUGUACACACACUCCUCACUGAAGUCUGCACACGUGUGUCUGACCCCGGGCUGUCUGCUAUGUGUGCCUGUGUACACACACACACCUCACUGAAGUCUGCACACAUGUCUGACCCCCAGGCUGUCUGCUGUGUGUGUCUGUGCACAUAUUCACUCUUCACACACUGCUCCCUCUAAACUCUUCCUCCCUGGUCCCCUGUCCUGAUCUACUCCACACACUUCUUUGGCCUAAGGGCUUUUCUCUCAGGAUCUCUAAUUUUACCACUCCCAACCUGGGCUUCAGCAAAAUACCAGUGGGCACUGGUGCCAGGCACACCUGGGGCCUACUCACCUUGCCCACACAUCUCUAGCCAGCCAGGGCUCUGCCUACUUCCCACACAUACCUGGCUGUUCUCACCACCUCCCUACUCCCCAGAACUGAAUGGACACAGGCUUCUAGUAGGACCCUCGCCCAGAGUGCCACACGUGGGUGCUGUGGCAGUGGCAGCAGCAUGGGCGUGCUGUUGCCCAGAGGGCCGGGAUCAGAAAACAACCACCAUCGGAAAGGAAAGGCAGAGGCUGGGGGCUGCUGGGAAAGAACGUCGACAAAUGGCAUCAAUAAAGCUGACCUGAGAAGGGUAUCAGUG